AGACACAGGUGGUCUGUCAGGUAGAAAUGGAAUUAGCGCAAAAGCAGUUAAAGGCAUAAAAGUCUAAAUUUUAAGCUUUUAAUCAAUAUUUAUUAAGUCUCUCUAAAACUUUAAGUAAAAGUACUCUGCUCAGUUCAGUUUGAUUAAAUAUUUUAAUUAUUAUAUCCAAUAAAUAUGUCUUCUAAUUUAUCAGCAGCAAAUUUUAAUUUAUUUGGAACAAAUUCUUUAAAAGAUGAAUAUUACAUUAAAAAUGUGUGGAAUCAUAAUCUUCAUGAAGAAUUUCAUGUUAUAAGACAGGUAUAAUGAAAAACUAUUUUUGUAAUAUACUUGGGUUUGAUUGAUAUAAUUAUGUAAAAUACAUAUAAACAAAUGAAAUAUAUUAUAGUGUAGAAACUCCGAGCAUAGCACUUUCCAUAGCUCGCUGAGCGACCUUGAGCUUCCUCUACAUGCCAGCAUUGAAGGACCACAUCCCAGUUCCAUUGGUCAUCACUGGCCACUGGCACUGGUACAGAAUGCCUCAUGAUUAAAGUUCCCCUGUACACCAUUCUGUGUACAUGUACAUAUGAAUGUACAUGCACAUACAGUUUCUAUUUUAAAUUAUCACACCCCCUUAGAUUUAUGUUUGUAACCUAAUAUUACACAGUACUAAAAUUACAUGUCAACAACUAUUAUUGGGAUUCUAAAUUUAACAUUUGCCUUAACUUUAUAAAUUUUAUAGAUUUGUAGCCAGUGAAAGGAAAAGGGGAGAUCUCCCGCCGGGCAAGGUGUUCUGCCUGGGGAAUGGACAACGCUCCGAGUGAUAUUUUGGAGCUAUUCUAUAUAUACUGCUUUAACUUCGGAACUUUGUUAGCGCGAUUUAAGUUUCUAUGUGUAUUCGCUUAUGGUGCGACGACAGCGCCGCCACAUCACCGGCUACAGUAAGGCUCAGAGCCGUGCCGAACACUGUAGCGCAGAGAGUAGCUUGAAGAAACAGGAAGCAUUAUUAUUCCAAUGCUGCGAUGAACCUUUUGUAAAGCUAGAUGGCUUGCAGAAUGUGAAGACUGCAGACAAUAUCUGCUCGGGAGCAAAUGAAUGGGGUACUUGAGGAUGAUGACGAAGGUUUGAAGUUGUAGUUUCCGAAGGUUGUUGGUUGCGUGUUCAUAUCACGUCGGUUGGUCACCACUGUAGUCGGUGGAAGGAAAAGUGGAGAUCUCCCGCCGGGCAAGGUGUUCUGCCCAGGGAGUGGCCAACACUCCGAGUGGUAGUUCGGAGCUAUUCUAUAUAUACUGCUUUAACUUCGGAACUUUGUUAGCGCGAUUUAGGCUUCGAUGUGUUUUCACUUGUGGUGCGACGACAGCGCCGCCACAGAUUUUAUGCAUGUGACAGCAACAUUUUGUUCUGAAUCUACUUUAAUGACAUGAACAAUUCUUCGUGAAGAUGUCAAAAUAAAUAGAUCUGUAUAUUUAACUCGUUUUUUAAUAACUUGUGGGUUAGAACACUUUUGUAUAACUAUGUCAUAUGAAGAUAUUAAAAUAAGUAGACCCAGUAUAUGCCAAAUUCGGCCUUAUUGUCCCAUUUAGAUUUUUGUCUUCUGAUAUUCUGUCAAACGCUCUACUUCCAUAAUAUUACAUAUUAUUGGGUUUUUACUAACGGUUUUUGGUUGAAAAAUAUCUUAAAGGUUGUCCUUCGUCUCUAUGUCAAUCCUUUGUGUCCCAUUCUUCUUAUCGGCUGCUUUUACUACUAAAGACCAACAUUAUCUGGCAACUUUUGCUUAUGCUAAAAGACACCUUGACAUAUCCAUGAUCAAUCUGUUGAAUCUAUCUGUGGUCUCAUUUAAUUCAUGAACAUCAGCUGGACAUGAUUUGAUCAUUAUACCCUUUUCUAAAACAAACUCUUAAAGCAUUUUGGCAUUUAAAUAUUUCUUUUCGUUUAAAUGACAAAUUCUGUAUUUCAUUUAAUAAUUAUUUCAAACAUUCUUGUAAUUUAUCAUCCUUUCCAAUCCAGUGCAAUUACAAUUUCUUUCAAUAUACUACUUGAGAAGUUUUCACAGAUGAGUAGUGAUCAAAGUUUUAAUUUAUACAUAAUUCUUUUAAUUGCAUCAUUUUUUACAGGUUGUCCAAAAAUAUCACUGGGUAGCCAUGGAUACUGAAUUUCCAGGAGUAGUAGCUAGACCAAUUGGUGAAUUUAGAUCAACUGCUGAUUACCAGUACCAAUUAUUAAGAUGCAAUGUAGACCUCUUGAGAAUAAUACAAUUAGGACUCACAUUUAUGGAUGAGAAUGGAAGAACGCCCCCUGGUUGUACUACUUGGCAGUUCAAUUUUAAAUUUAAUUUGCAAGAAGACAUGUACGCCCAAGAUUCAAUUGAUUUGCUACAGAAUUCUGGACUACAGUUCAGGGAACAUGAAGAACACGGAAUAGAACCUUUGGAAUUUGCUGAAUUGCUGAUGUCUUCAGGUAUAAUUUUCAUAAUAGAUGUAUAUAUAUAAAUAGAAUAAGAGUGACAAACAAGCACACAGUCCACCUGUUGGUAAGUGGAUGUUGUGGCCCAAUGACAUCUAAAUCUAUUCUCAAUUAAGAAUCAAAAUGUAAAUGUGUUGCCACUCCUGUGGACUAAGAUGGCAUGCUCUGAAUCGUUUCCAGUCAAAAGUGUCUCCGGAUCUCUACACUCACCAUACGAAACAGCAGUGAUGAGCUGCUAUUCUACGACGUUAUUCUGUGAUAGCGUGGUCCUGCCCCGAUUGAGCUGACCCAGUCAUACUACAACUACGAGGGUGGAUUGAAAAGUACUCGGCCUAACACAGAUCCAUUCAAUUCUAAAAAUCAAAUCUAACCACAUUAUUUAGUUCAGUUCAGACUAGUUCAUUGUGUGAAGUUCGAAACGUGUGCGAUAAUUAGUUGUGAUUUUAUAAAUUUAUUAACAAAGUAAUCGGACAUAAUUUCCGCGAAUGGAGCAAAUCGAGCAGCGUGCCGUCAUUAAGUACCUCCAUAAGAAGGGGCUAUCAUCAAAAGCCAUCCAUGAUGACAUGGUCAGUACAUUAGGCGAUUGUGCUCUGUCAUAUUCAUCCGUCAAAAAAUGGAUAGCAGAAUUUAAGCGUGGUAGAGAGAGUGUGAAAGAUGAACCCCGCUCUGGAAGGCCUUCGACGUCAACUACUGACGAAAAUAUUAAAAAAGUACUUGAUUUAAUAAUGGGAGACCGCAGAUUAAAAAUUAGAGAGAUAGCCGAGAUUAUAGGCAUCUCUUAUGAACGAACUCAAAACAUCAUUGUCAACGAGUUGGGUUUCCACAAGGUGUCUGCGAGGUGGGUUCCGCGACUGCUUUCAGUUGAACAAAAAAGGACGCGAUUGACUAUUUCACGCGACUGUUUGGAGUUAUUUGAAGCCGAUGCAGAUGAUUUUUUGAAUCGUUUUGUUACUAUGGACGAAACAUGGGUUCAUUACUGUACACCGGAAACAAAACAACAAUCAAAACAGUGGGGAAGACCUGGUUCACCACCAGGGGCGGAUUUGAACUUUAUGGGGCCCGGGGCUAAAAUUGAGAAGGGGCCCACUAAAUGACAGCGAAAAAGGUUAUUUAUC